AUGACCUUUCUAUGGUUUUUAUUCAUUUAUAUACUUGGUGGGUUAACAUUCAUACCUAGUUUAAUCAUAGUAAUAUUCUAUCUACUACCUCAGCAACAACAACAAGAAGAAAUAGAUGAUUCAAAUGAUGUGAAAACUGGAGAAAUUGAAGAACAAAACGGUCUUGAAACUUAUAAAGUUGGAUGGAUUAUAGUAACAAGAGAUCACAUUGAAUCACCAGAUGAUAUAAAUUCAACAAUGCAAUCAAUUACAGAAUCAUCAGAAACAAAACUGGCAUAUUCAACAUUAUAUAAAAUUGCAAAAGAAGAAGAAACUGAUGAUGAUAGAGAAGAAGAAGUUACUCCACAACAAUCAAAUGUUAAACCAAAGAAACAUAAAUUUUAUGCAAUUUUAAAACAUGGAAAUUUAUUCUUAUACAAGGAUCAAUCAAUUAAAGAUGUUAAACAUGUAAUCGUUAUGUCCAAUUACUUUGUUUCAAUAUGGCCUCGGGAUUUAACAGAUGUACAAUUAUUCACCAAAUAUUCCUGUAUUGCUUUAAUAAAUUGUAAUAACCUUAAAAGUUUGAACUCUCAUUCAAAGGGGUCAUUUUAUAUUUAUGUGGAUAAUAAUUAUGAUAAAGAAGAUUGGUAUUUUGCAUUAAUUAGAUCAACUAAAUUAAAAAACAAAACUUCGGAAAUACCUAGUCAUUUAAAUCCAAAUAUAGAAGCCAAUACUUUGCAUUUCAAAACCAAAGACAUGAUUAACCUUAUACAGACUUUAUAUUCUUCAGAUUCAAAUUUACAAACAAAAUGGAUAAAUGCUUUAAUAGGACGAUGGUAUCUUGGUAUAAAGGACACAUCAUACUUUAAAAAUUACAUUGAAGUAAAAUUCAAUAAGAAAUUGAAUAAAAUUAAAAGACCAGACUUUUUAAAUCAGUUUAAAAUUACAAACGUUGAACCAGGAAAUAGUGCUCCUUUUUUUACAUACCCUAAUUUAAAAGAAAUCAAUCCAGAUGGGACAGUAUUAGUAUCAUCUUAUAUAUCAUAUAAUGGGAAUAUUUCAAUAACAAUCGAGACUAAAUUAGAUAUAACAUUUGGUGGAUUUACAAAGUUUACAAAUAAAAAGGAAGUUGAUAUUGUACUCAAAAUUACCUUAUUGAAAUUACAAGGGCCAAUUUUAAUUAAAUUUAAACCACCACCUUCAAACAGGAUCUGGUAUACGUAUGAGACAGAACCAAUUUUAAAUUUCAAAAUAGAACCUCUAGUAUCUACAAAAGCAUUAAAUUUUAAUUUUAUAACAAACUCAAUUGAAAAGAAGUUUAAAGAGAAUUUCAAAGAAAGUAUGGUGUUACCUCAUUGGGAUGAUCUUGUAUUUUUUGAUACGAAAGAUCAAUUAUAUAAAGGUGGAAUAUGGAAAGAGAAAGAAGAAGAAGAAACAGAAGAAACAGAAGUAUCAGUUGAAGCAAAAGAGAAAGAUUCUGAAUCAAUUUCGCAACCACCAACCAUUGUUUCUGAUUCAGAUAUUGAAUUAAAAUCAUCAGAUGUUAAACUGAAAUUUACAAGUACAAUCAAGAAAAUGGCUAAAAAACAAAGUACAUUAAACCUUGAAGAAACAAGCCCAACAACUACAAUACCUACAGAAUCAACCAAUUAUACAAACUAUUUUAAAAAAUUUUGGAAUUCAACAUCAAAUUCAACUCUCAACAACCAUAAAGAUAAACAACCUUACACACCACCAGAAAUGAUAUCUAAUAGAAGACCAAGAAGAAGUACAUCAAACUCAUUAUCAAGCUCAAUUAGUGUAAAUAAUUUAAAUAAUGAUAUCCCUGAUCAAGCUUCAAUUAGAUCUGAACCUACUAUUGGAUUAACUUCACCACAACAAAUACAACAAUUGCAACCACCGCAGCCUAGUUUAUCUGGUAUUUCACCAACUACAACAACAUCAGGUUUUGCAUCACCUACAAGAUCAAGAACUUUAAGAAAACCACCACCGAAAAUGGACGACGAUGUGAAUUAUGAAUGA